GCGAGUCCAAUUGAAACAUACUUCUUGUGGCCAAGAAUGUCCUGGAGAUUUGCUUGACAGUCCAGUGAAGGCUUUCUGGAGUCCAAAUUUGGUCAUUUUCCACCAGUGUAACCAAAACAUUGUGAUGAGGUGUCUUUAAACAACACUGAAUCAACGCAGCCUCUGCCAAGAACCACAUUAAAAACACUCGUGGGACCUGUGCUUAUUUAUCAUAAGAGAAGCAGGAACCCAAGUGCCCUUUUCUUCUGCUCACAAUGGCUAAAGGAAGCGCCUUCAUGAGAAGACUAUGCAUCGUUCUAAAUAUUCUCCUUGGGUUCUUAGGGCUGGUCUUGCUGCUGGUCGGGAUAGUGGCAAGCACUUUUAAGAUUCAACCACUGAUAAGUGGUUAUUACUGGCAAGAUGGGACUCAGAGUGUGCUUUUCAGCAUUGGAUUUGGAUUGGUCACCAUCCUGCUCUCCGUCCUAGGAGUAUAUGGAGCAUACCACGAACAUGUCUUGGCUCUCCUUUUGUACAGUAUUUUCAUGACUAUUGAAUUCAUUGCCGUCUUGGUCCUCACAAUCAUAGCCAUACUCGAACAACCACAGAUUGAGAAGAAAAUUGAAGAGAGUUUUGGAAAUAUGACCUCACUUUAUUAUACAGAUGAAGUAUUCAGUAAGGAGCUCAACAAACUCCAACAGGAGGCUGGGUGCUGUGGUCUGAUACAUUACACUGACUGGAGAGACCAGAUACCUUCUUCAUGUGAUUGUCCUCAAAACUACUCAAACAAAGGAGACAGAUGUGCAAAAGUCCAUUUGGAAAAUUAUAGAAGUAGUGAGGUGAACAAAAAUGCUAACACUAACCUGAUGCGCUAUGUUUAUAAGACGAAAUGUGGCCCAAUCCUAAUGAGGCAUGUGAAGAAUGCCUUGAGGAUCCUGUUUGGGAUAGUCUUUACCUUAGCAACUAUUAUGCUGGCUGCUGUGAUUGUGGCCUCACUCCUGUGGCAUAAAAUUAAUGCACGGUCAUCCAUCACAGGCAUCUCAUACGAUGAUGACAGAACGAAGUAUGAACUCCAGCCACACAAAAUGGCCUGAUAUGACUGCCAUCCUUAAAAUAUCUUGGGCUCUCACCAGGAGAAAGCUCUAUAACCUCAAGAAGACAUCUUUUUAUACAUGUUUCCAGUAGCAUGUCACUUAUCUGCAGGUUAAUUCAAGCCUCAUGUUCUAUCCACUAGCUAGCAAAUGGAUAUUUCCUCAUAUCUAUUGGGUUUAUGGCAAUACAGUUGUAAUGUGUAUUUAUUUGACCAAAUAUCUUUUAUCUUUUGUAUUUUAUGUCUUCACAUGCUGCGAAUCCUCCUAAAAGCCAAACGUAUGUGCAAAUCAGAAAGGAAGGUCAUGGGGAUAAUCUCUAGAAUUAGUAACAUUUUUAAAAAUAAUUUUAAUUGUUCCACUUUAAGUCAAAUUUUCAACAAAAUCUUAUACAGUAGAAUAAAACAUAAAGGGAACAUAAAGAUAACCAGAUACAGACAUGUUUGUCAUUAGUGCACCAGCACUAAUGUUUUAAUGUUCAGGUCAGCUAGUUUCAUUUCCACAAUUAGUUGCAUGUAUAUCUUCUACCAUAAGGGUAACAUGAACUUCAUAAUGGCCCUUAAUAACUUCAAAAUAUGGUUUGCAAGACUAACAAUUACAGAAAGAUUAAUGGUAACAAAGAAAAAUACAGUAUAUUUACAGGAAAUGUCUCCCUGAGAUACAUUAAAUAUGAUAAUAUUUAAUUAUUUGUGAUGUGAUAGUGAUACUGGUCCGAAUUCAUUAGUCACUGUGAGAAGUCAUUGCUAGUACAGUUAAGUUUCUUGGUCUUAUUGUACCAUUUCUUGAACAUUGGCUUAGCUUUGUAGCAAAGAGAUGUCAAGCACAAAGCUGUGAUGGAGGACGGCAAGAUUAGCAUGAAAAUUGAAGCGUUGUAACCCAAACCAUUUGAGGUGAAUUAUACAGAUGAGAAGAUGAACGAACUGGACAAACUGAAAGACUAAAGCGCUGUUCUCACUAUUAGUAAACAGUCAAACAGCCAAACAUUGUGGGUAAGGUAGACGAUUGUUAACCCAAGUGAAAAUAGACUAACACGUCCAUUAAAGAAGUUUUAAUCAAGUCAAAUGAGAAUUACAUUCUCAAAUAAAUAUUGCACUGUUGAUUAUCACUGUCACCUCACAGCAAGAAGGUUCUGGGUUUGAACCUCACAGCUGAAUGGGGUCUUUCUGUGUGGAGUUUGCAAUUUCUUCUUCUAUCUCCAAUGCCUUGCAAAAGUAUUCAUCCCCCUUGGUGUUUGUCCUGUU